AUCGCGCAAUAACGCGUCCGGCCCACCCACAGACAGACUGCUGCCAUAAUCCCAGUGUGUGUCACGUAUAAAUGAGCUGCGCUGGUGGACCUCUGGAUUUACCCACAAACAGUGCCGCGGGACGUUGCGGUUUCUCUUAUUUGGGGGGAUUUUUUCGGACCGCUGCCUGUCUCUACGUUUUGCUGUCAUUUGUUCGGACAUCGAGUGUCAGCGAGCAGGACGCGCUUCAUUCUUUUCGGGAGGAAGAUCAGGAAAACCGUACAUCAUCAGUCAUGGCCGCCAUCAGCAAAUCAAACACAUGUUUUGCCUUGGAGCUAUUCCGCACUCUGAGCCAAGAGAAUCCCACGGGGAAUAUCUUUGUCUCCCCGCUGAGCAUCAGCUCAGCCCUGGCUAUGGUUUAUCUGGGCGCUAAAGGAAACACUGCUGCUCAGAUGGCACAGGUUCUCUCAUUCAACCCUGGUGAAGAUGUCCACGCAGACUUCCAGACACUGAACGCUGACAUCAACUCGCCAUCUGCAUCAUACAUCCUGAAACUGGCCAACCGUCUCUAUGGAGAAAAAACUGCCAACUUCCUCCCGCUGUUCCUUGAAGCCACAGAGAAGUACUACCAGGCAGACCUGAAGACUGUUGAUUUCAUGGGGGCCCCAGAGGCGUGCAGAGCGGAGAUCAACACCUGGGUCGAGCAGCAGACAGAAAAUAAAAUUAAAGAUCUUCUGAAGCCAGGAACAGUCAGUAUUAUGACAAGAUUGGCUCUGGUUAAUGCCAUCUACUUCAAGGGAAACUGGAUGAGCCGCUUUGAUAAGGCAAACACCAAAGAGAUGCCCUUUAAAGUGAACAAGAAUGAGUCCAAGCCAGUCCAGAUGAUGUACCAGAUGAAGAAGCUGCCCUACAACUACGUUCCUGAGCUCCGCCUGCAGAUCCUGGAGUUGCCAUAUGUGAAAGAUGAGCUUAGCAUGUUCAUUCUGCUGCCCGAGGAGUCUGCAGACGGCUCUGACCCCCUGCUGACGCUGGAGAAUGAGAUAAAAUUGGAUAGGCUGGACAAUUGGACCAACAGGGACAACAUGGACGUCCACUCAGAAGUCCUCGUUCACCUGCCCAAGUUCAAGCUGGAGGAAGACUACGAGCUGAAUGAGCCUCUGGCCAAACUAGGCAUGACAGAUGUGUUCUGUGGGCCGAAGGCCGAUUUGUCUGGCAUGAACGGUGAGAGAGGACUCUUCCUGUCUACAGUAGCCCACAAGACCUUUUUGGAGGUGAACGAGGAGGGGACGGAGGCGGCUGCAGCCACAGCAGGCAUGGUAGCAAACUGUAUGCCGAGGAAGACACACUUCACAGCGGACCACCCCUUCCUCUUCUUCAUCAGGCACAAUAAGACCAAGUCCAUCCUCUUCCUCGGCAGGUUCUCGUCUCCUCAGUAGACUGAACCAGCGGAGGAAGAUGUUGGGCCAAUUUAGAUAAAAAUAUGCAAAAUCCUUGAAUUGAAGAUUCUAUGAAUUCAUAAGGGCUGUUUCUUCAGUCGAUAGUUCCAAUAAAGCGUGUUCGCAGUGAGGCCUGUG